UCCACGGACACGGAGCAGUCACCAACAAAAUACAAAUUUUAUCAUACACUUGAGAGUACAUAAAUACAUUUACUUUGAAAAAUUAAUAUUAAAAUCGUUUUUUUUAGUUGUUGAUAUCAAUAUGGAACCCAACUAUAAUAACCCAGUAAGGCAGAGGAUUAAUAAAAUAUUCGAUAAUCAUAUAGUUUCAGACAACAGUGAAGCCCUUUACACAGUUUCAGGAUUAUGUGCUUCUAACUCCGCAUAUACACGAAGAGUGCUUGUUAACGAAAUUGAAAAAAGAGACUUGCUUGUGAACAAAGCAGUUUUGUCUGAAUUUAACAAAGUAAAAGGUACAUUACAAGUGUUAGUAGAUUGUUUAUAUUCAUUAGACCAAUCAGUUAAAAAUAUGUCGAGUAGAUUACACGAAUCAAAAGUUAAAACUCAUCAUAUUAUAACGCAAACCACAAAACUAAAAGAUGAAAAUAAAAGAACUAAGAAGAAAUUACAAUGGGCAAAUGGUUUCAUUAACUGUUUUAAAAUUUCUAAUGACGAAAAAAUCAGCUUGUUUAAUACAAAUCCACUAACCAAUGAUUAUUUUAAAUCACUGUCACAAAUCGAAACUCUAAACAAUAAUUGCAAGACUCUUGUAAAAUGUUGGUAUGAAACCUCUGCCUUUGACAUCAUGGAAAUGAUAGGGCUCCAGCAGGAAGCUGCUAUUGAAAAGUUGUAUCACUGGACUACAAGAGCUUGUCUUAAUAUUGAAUCACCCAACAAUGUCUUGGUACCAAAAGCACUAUCAAAGUUUGAAAAUAGACAGGUCCUCUUUUCAAAUAUUGUAGAUGAAUAUUGCAAUGCUAGAAAAGCUACAGUUGUACAGUUAUUUAUUGAUGUACUUACAAAAGGAGGAGGUAAUGGUGCUAAACCCAUUGAGUUUUACGCAAAUGAUGCAAAAAGAUACAUUGGAGAUAUUUUGGCUUGGGUUUAUCAAAUAAUACCUGUGGAGAAGGAGUUUCUUCUUGGCCUUUUUAAAUAUUGUGCUAUGGAAGAUAAGGAUGUGAAAAUUAAAGAAGCCCUAACUAAUAUAUUGGAAGCAUUGUGCCCAUUAUUAAAAGUGCGUGCUGAGCUAAUUCUGAAACCUGACAAGGAACCCUUAGUUUUAUGGGCAAUAACCAAUUUGAUUAUGUAUUACAAGGAUGCCAUAGAGGAUUCGAUACACAAAGGUCACAUGAUAGAUACAUUACUUGACUUGUCAAAAAAGAGUGAGGAAGUUUUUAUUCUGACAUUAGAUAGCAAAAUCCAAAAAGAACUAAGUCACGGUGUGAAAGCACCUCCUUUAGAUUUAAAUCCAUCUUAUGUUGUUACAGAUUUAGUCAGUUUCCUAAGAGAACUGAUGAAUAUUUCAACAAAAGAUACUGAUAAAAAAAUUAUAAUUAUUCAUGUGCUGGACCCUCUCUUGCAUGCAAUCAAUGAGACUGCAUGUCAUUUGAGUUCUUCUGAUAUGUCUGUUUAUACUCUGAAUUGUAUUUAUCAUAUUCAGUGUACUCUAUCUCUAUAUACAAUUUUGGAUGAGUACAAUGAACGGCUUCAAGCACAGUCUGAUGCUCAAAUUGACACUUUAACCUCUGAACAGGCAAGCUUUCUUGUCGCGAAUUUGAACAUGGGUCAUAUUUACACUAUUUUACAAGAAAAAAGUAGUGGACCACUUUCUUCAAUAUCUGGAAUGGAUACUCCAUCGCUCAAGGGUUUUCUCAGUAAAUUUGAUAUGUUUUUAGUCAACCCAGACAUAUAUGUAUUGCCUCAGCUAAAUUUAUUAAUUAGCAAAAACCACAAAACAAUUGUAAAACAAAGAGCCUUUGAAGUUAUAAUUGCAAUUUAUGAGCAGCUGCAUGAGGCCAUCCAUAACUCAAGAAAUGGUUAUGCUGACCCUCAAACUAUAGUGCGAAGAACACCAGAAGAAGUAAAAAGGCUUUUAACAUCAACUUAGAUCUUAGAAGUAUUGCAAGAAUAAUUAUAUUUCAAAUAUUAAAAUAUAUGUUAUCCAUUUACGUUUGUCUACUAUUAAAAAACGUAUUAUUA